GACGUGCUUGGGCCGUUGGUGAGCUGGACGCUAUAUUGGGAUCGUUACGACGAAGGCUUCUUUGCUGGCGGCAGAUUCAGCGGCAAAGGCCUUCAUGUGGAUCAGGUCUUGUGGAGCAAUGUGGGACGGAACUACAAGGGCUACAAGCUCGCGGCUGCAUGGCCCAAAGGUGAAUGCAGCAAACAGGUGGCCUUGGAAUUCUAUGAUGUGCUUUUCGUGCCCCCGCUUCAGCCACGAGAGCUUCAGGCUCUUCAGAAGGCCGCCAAGGUGGCGCUGCUGCGGCCGGGCGACGUCUACAUCUUCAGCGGGGGUGUUGCUCACACCGUCCUAUGCGUGUCGGAGGAGAUGUGCAUUGGCGUGUACGAGUCCUUCGUGACUUUCCACCCGGACCAUGUCAAGCACUUCCUGCACACCGAUGAUGCUGAGGGCGAGUACUCCUUGGGAACCUACUCCAUGAGCCCGAGAUCUUUCCGAGAUACGAAG